GCCCCGUUGGAGCCCGUCCCGGCGUCGAUCCUCCUCGAGAAGGCCGUGGAGAGAAAGGACAGCCUCAGGCGUCGCGGAAACAUCUUGACCGGCUGCAGCGAGCUCGACGAGUAUGUGCUCCUCGGCGGCUUUGAGCGCGGGUCGGUCGUCGGUGUGAGCGCCGAGGAUGACGAGAUAGGACUCUUGAUUGGCUUGCAAACAGUUGCGCGCUUGUUAGCUAGGACGGCGCCCGGCGCCCCUGUACCAGCUCGGCCUCGUGCCAUAAUUGUCACAACCUUGCCUGCACGAGUGCUGCUGCCGAAGCUGCGCGAAGUCAUCGUCGGCCAAGUUGCGGCCCUGCAAGACGGGGGACUCGAGAAUGUUCGCGACAGGGUUCACUGGUGUCUUGAGGACAUCUCUAUUGCGAGGGUGUUUGAUAUCGAAGGUCUCUUGGAAGUCCUGUCGGAGCUGGAUGCACAAGGUUCCCGGGAGUCGAAAGAUGCUGUCCGGAGCGAGCCAACACUGCAGCGGGAGGAAACUCGCGAGCCCGAUAUCAAACCCGCACCGAAAAUGGAGAUCUUGGACAGCAAGGAUGAAGAUGGCAGCUUGUCACCUCUGAACAAUUCACCUCCUGGUCAGGAGACGCCCCUGAAAUCCAGCGAGAAAACACCUAUGUCGAAGCAAGAGCCUCUGCCGGAUUCCUGUCCUUCGCUGCCCCUGCCAGACAUAAUUCUCGUCACGCACAUUUUCACCCUGCUCAGUACGCUAUUUACCGGCCGUGACGACAAAACAGCCGCGCACAACACCAUGCUACUCCUCUCUUCCUACUUGCGCCACCUGACGCGCUCUCCUAGCCGCGAGGGGCCACUGAUCAUGCUUCUCAACUCAGCAACAGCCAACUCGUUCACAGGGGGCGACGAGAGCACCCUGAAAAUGGACUACAACAGAAACGGCCCUUCUCCAUCGACAGGGCUCGGAUUUGGCACGGAACACACCACCACAAAGCCCUCGGACGCCUCACUGCGCUCCACAUUCAGCCCCGCCCGCCCCGGCGGAUACCGCGGCAUGGGCCAUGUGCGCGUACCGCAGAAGCAGGUAACCAAGCCCUCGUUCGGUCUUGUCUUCUCUCAACUGCUUGACUUACAUCUGCUCUGUACCCGCGUGCCGCGGACAAGGGGGGAUGUCGGGGUCGUAGAAACGGGGUUGUACUUUGGAGGGAAGAGCGAGAUACAUUUGACAUGGGUGGUCGAGGUGCUCUUGGACGAGCUGGGCGUGUACUGCGCCGAUGAUGGGAGAACGCACUGGAGAAGGAGCAGAGAGCAGAGAUGGGCUGCUGUGGAUGUGGGUGAGGGCGGGGCGAGGGCUGUGAAUGCA